ACCCAAAAUCAAACGCCUCUCCAGUCCUGGGGAAGAAAGAGAAAAAGGAAAGAGGAGAGAGAGUGAGAAAGAAGCGGAGAGGAGAGGAGAAAAUGGGUGAGGUAGCAGAAACAGUGACGAGGAAGAAGAAAGGUAGGCCAUCUCUUCUAGACCUUCAGAAGCGAGCCAUCAAACAGCAACAACUACAAAAGCUCCACGAUGACCAUAGAUCCGCUCCCAAAAACCCUAAUUCCCUCAACUCCGGAAGCCGAUCCAAGCGCCGGAACCCUAAUCGAAACAGAGUCUCUUCCGAUGACGACGGAGAAGAGGAAGACGACGACGAGCGGCGGGAGAAGAAACACAGACUAUUACGCGGAUUGAACACUCACUCUCGUCGACAUUCUCCUAAUUCAAAAUCUGGUGGCGCUGCUCACGGAUCUGGAUACACGGGAGAAAAGGCUUCAGACAUUCUUCAAGGGUCUCCCGUUGAGUCUGGUCCCACUACACCUUUGCCAGACAAAAAGUUGUUGGCCUUCAUCCUCGAUAGACUUCAAAAGAAAGAUACUUAUGGCGUUUACUCUGAUCCUGUUGAUCCUGAGGAGCUUCCUGAUUAUCAUGACAUUAUCGAGAAUCCUAUGGAUUUUAGCACACUCCGGAAUAAAUUAGACUCUGGAGCUUAUGCCAGUUUAGAACAAUUCGAGGGAGAUGUGUUUUUAAUAUGUUCAAAUGCGAUGGAAUACAAUUCAGCAGACACUGUAUAUUAUCGACAGGCACGGGCUAUACAAGAACUGGCGAAAAAGCACUUCGAGAAUUUGAGGCAAGACAGUGAUGACGAAGAACCACAAACCCAACAACAACAACAGCACCACCAGCACCAGCUAAAAGUUUCUGAAAGAGGGCGUCCGCCAAAGAAACAGCCUGAACCAUCUUGCUUAGACCGUACUACUUCUGAAAUUUCAGCUGAUGAUGCGCUCAAUCCUGGAGGAGAUAGCUCUAGCAAGUUUUCUGGUGCUUACAAUCUAAGAAGGACAUCGGUUAGGAUCAAUCAUGACAGUGAAACCCAAAGUGGCUGUUCGCAAGAUUGGGAGAACGAGUUUCCACCUUCGGUUGUCAAGGCUGUUAACAAGUAUGGUUUGAAACAUUUCGAUGUCGAUGAUAACAGACGCGAAACCUACAACCACCUCUCAACUUCUACACAAGAGCCGUGGGUUUUGACAACGCUUGAAGACGAGUUAAAACAGUUGAUUCCAGUUGGGCUUAACACUGAGUACGGUUACACGAGGAGCCUGGCACGAUACGGUGCGAAUCUCGGUCCUCUUGCCUGGAAAUUUUUAUCAAGAAGAAUUGAAACCGCUUUGCCCGCUGGAAUCAAGUUUGGUCUAGGUUGGGUUGGAGAGGAUGAUCCUUCAAAACAAACGCUAUUAGUGUGGUCGUUGGGAAAACAGAAGUGUUCAAAUGAUCAUUCAGAUAGAGUCAUGUCUCCAACAGCUUCAGUCUCAAGCGCUUUCAUAGGAAACAGACAUUCUUCUUCUCAAGGAAUCAAAGAGACUGCACCUGCUCGUGUCUUGAAUCGAGAAACUGAGUUCCCAUCCUCCUCCUCCUCCUCUCGCCAGCCAGGACAGCCGAUCAAGCCUGAGAGCAGCAACGGUCUAAUCCGUGGUUUCAGUGGAUUCAGCCAAAGUCCAAGUCCGAUGAUGGGAAUCACGAGACAGCAACAACCAAACUUAACCAACGAGGCCAAACCGGGCGGGCAACAACAAGGGUUGUUGUUUCCUUAUAACAGACAGGAGUUCCACCGGUUUCCACUGGACCUUAACGCUAGGCUUGUGUCACCAAACUCUCCCGGCUCCAAUCAGCAGACUUGUUCGUCCUCUUCGCAGCAUCCGGAUCUGGCACUACAGCUCUGAAUAUGAAUGGAUCUUUGGAUGAGGGAGAAAAAGAAGGCAUUUUCCAUUGGCUAAUCCCAAUCAUAUGUUAUCUGGUAUGAAAAUCACUUGUGGGGGGGGAGGUCAUGACCUAUUUGUUGUGAACUUGUGACAUGAAAAUAUAUAUGGGACAAGUGUCUCUAUUGUACAGAUUGUUGGAACAUCCUUAUUUUUAGGGUAUUAAGAGAGAAUGAACAAAACAACAAAAGAUGUCU